AUCAACCGGCGGCGCCGGUCAGAACCCCUCCAAUCAUCACCUUGUACUGGGUGGGCUCAUACUAACUCCGCCCCGGUGGAGGGACGAGAGCGCGGCUGCGGUCUGGCAGGGGAGGGAUCCCAGCCAAUCAGAGCAGAACUUGGAGCCGGACCGCGGCUCCAAGCGUUAAGGAGCAGGCGCAAACCCAAAACCAGGUAGACCUCAUCUGCAUACGGAGGUGGGGUUUGAGGGAAGUGGAGCGCUAAGAAGUGACUCGCAGGCACCAGCGCCGGCGGCUGUAACCCCGCCCUUCGCUCAACCCGCGGAGGAAACGGCUGCCGUCAGAGCUGGCUGAUUGGGUCAGAACCACCCCAUCGUUCUGUCAGGAUUGGUCCAAUGAUUCUUUUCGAAGUUUGCAGCAUCCAAUCGAAAGACAGGAGGGGAGGGCCGAAGAGCUAACCGUAGGGUUCCUCCGCGAGACUCUCACGAUGGAUACCAAUUCAAAAGACAGCGAGCCCUUUGAAACCAAGGAGCCUGCUGUUAAUGCUGAAAAGGCCUCUUUCCCUUUGGGAAAUGGGAAUCUUGUAACAUCCCAGAAGCCUGCAGCUGAAGUGAUUCCUAAUCCUGGCACACCAGAUAAUUUCAAAUCCCCUUUGGACUUCUCCACAAUAACUGUACAGCAAUUGGGAAUUACGCCUGAAAGCUUUGUAAAGAACUCUGCAGGAAAGUCAUCAUCCUGCCUUAAAAAAUCCAGACGACGUUCUACAGUUGGUGUUCGGGGCUCUCCUGAAACAAACAAUCUGAUUCGUUUCAUUGCUCAGCAGCGGAAUUUAAAGAAUGCAGAGAAGUCUCCUUUGACACAGGAUUUCCCUUUUCCGGGCAGCCCUGUAUUAUAUCGAAAUGUUACUUCUUUAAAAGAGCGCAUAUCUGCCUUCCAGUCGGCUUUUCACUCCGUACAGGAAAAGGAAAAAAUUACUGACUGUCCUGAGUUCUCAGAGGCAGAGGGGUUCCACACAACAGGCUUGACCAAAAAGGAAAGUCUUGGUGAAUGUCAGCAGUCUGCGUUCCUUGCACAGUUAUCCAAACGUCGGAGAAUAUCUUCUCAGAGCAAUUCUGAUGAAAAUCUAACUAAUGCAGUUGGUCCCCAGAUGUUUGUUGUUGCUACUCCUCCCAGUACAGACCGAACAUGCGCUUUUCAAACUUCUCUUGUAGAUCUUUCUAAGAAACUUUCUGAACCUGGUUUAACACAGUCUGGAUGUUUAGUUGAAGAAUCUGUUUCACUUCCUGAGCUCACAGAGGCUUCAGCUGGAAUCAAGGUUGCUGACCGAGUAGAGGACAAAGGAUCAGGUGAUGCUGUUCCACUUGACAAAUUAACAGGCACAGCUCCCGAAGUGGGGCCACUGGUUACUCCGCUGUGCGAGAGGGACAUCCCGCCCUCCGAGACCUCUGCACUCCGUUCUGUGCUGAAGAAACCUGUGAAGCUGUGUGUAGAAAGCCUGCAGGAACACUGUGACAACCUCUGUGAUAAUGGGACUCAUCCAAACUUAAUCUCAACUCUUGGAAACUGUUGCAAAGAACAAAAAGCAGAAGGUCAAGAAAACUAUAAGGUACCAGCCUCUAUAAAUAUGAGGAAGAGGAAGAGAGUUACUUUUGGAGAGGACCUAAGCCCUGAAGUAUUUGAUGAAUCUUUGCCAGCAAAUACUCCAUUGCGUAAAGGCGAAACACCUGUUCGUAAAAAGGAUUUAAGUACUGUCAGUCCCUUGCCACUUGAGCAAUCACCAGUUCCCUCGCAGUUGCCUCAACCAAAUUUUGAUGACAAGGGGGAAAAUCUUGAAAACAUAGAACCUCUUCAGGUAUCAUUUGCUGUUUCGAGCCCUCUUAGUAAGUCUUCAAUUUCUGAGACUCUCUCAGGCACGGAUACAUCUGCAAAUAACCACAAGAAAAUACCUUCCUGUAAAGACGGUAGGAGAACACGGACCUCUAACAGAAGAAGCCAAUUGAUCAGUUUUGCAGCAGAUAGUGUUUGCAACUUACUUAAUACAGAAGCUCAGCCUUGCCAAGAAAAGAAAAUCAAGAGGAGGAAAUCUCAAGAAAGCAAGUGCACAGACAGAGCACGUCCUAAAAAGAAUCCGGUUUUAAAAAGUUGCCGAAAGAAGAAAGCAAGAAGAAAGAAAGGCGUUGAGAAGACUCUGUAUGGGGAAAGAGACAUUGCGUCUAAGAAGCCGCUUCUAAGUCCUAUUCCUGAGCUGCCUGAACUCUAUGAGAUGUCGCCUUCAGUUCCAAGCGUCCGCAGGAAGUUUUCAGAUGAUUUCAACUCAAAUGGUGAACUUGAAGAAAGGAAGCCUCUGGAAAGAAAGAACCGUCUCCCUCAGCACUCAGACUUGAAUCCAGAGUUUAAUGAGCACGGUGUGUCUGAAUUCUGCAGCUCUCACAUAAAAAGGUCCUUGUUGCUUAUUAAUUCCACUUUUGAUCAAGAUUCAAGUAUAAAUACUGUAGGAAUCUGUACAAGUAAAAUUAUUCCAAAAGCAGAAAUUAGGUGGGAAAGUGAAAAUGACCUAAAAACUGGGAAGGAUAAUGAAAACAGUCAUGUUUCUUGUGCUUCUGUUACUGAAAAACCCAUUGUAUCAGAUGGUCCACAGUCAGCUUUUCUCAUGCAGCCCCAAGAAUUUUCUGCUGCUGAUCAAAAUGUGGAAAACCACUUUCACAUGAAAAUUCCAGGUGAUAUAAAGUGUGAACAACAGGAUAACUUCUUAAGAGCUACUGAAGGAAAACUGCAGACCAAGUAUUUACUCUCUGGCUCUCCAAAAGAAUGUGGUUAUUCAGAGGAUGUCUUAAUUGACAAUAGAAAAGAAAAGAAAAGCCAAAGCCAGGAUGUACGAAGAAAGUCAGCAGCAAGCAGCAGUGGUGGGAGCUGUGAACAGAAACGUAGAAGACGACGCUCUGUGUGUUAUCCCGAUGGUCAAAGUUUACACUUAGAAACUGAUGGAAGUCACAAACCUUCCUACAGUGUGGGCAGCUCUGUCGAAAUUAGUUUGGAAAAUUCUGAACUGUAUAAAGAUUUAUCUGACUCCCUAGAGCAGACCUUUCAGAGAACCAAUCGGGAAACAAAAGUCAGACGUAGCACAAGGCUACAGAAAGAUUUGGAAAAUGAAGGACUUGUCUGGAUUUCACUUCCACUUCCUUCCACUUCCUGCCCUUCCCAAAGAACCAAAAGGAGAACAAUGCAUACAUUUGACAGCAGAGGACUUGAAAGUAUGUCCCCCAGAAGAAAAGCUGUGUCCAGACAGCCACCAUGUCCACUCUACUCCACAUCAGAUCAAGAAAAGAGUGAGGGCUUAGCAGCGAAUUCUUCCACUUUCCCUCAGAGAAGGAGGAAGAGCUUUUGUACAUCUGCGCUUGCAAACACUGAGAAUACUAUCAGAAUGCUGAGCAGGAAGAACCUUCUCAGCCAGAAGGGAGAAAGCUCUCUAAAGGACAUCGAGAGCAUUAGCCAUAUCGGAGAACUGCGGAAUAACUGACAUCUGUGGAACCUUUGGCCAGAGAAGGUAACUGUCCGUGCUUAAAAGAUUCUUCCUGGUUCCUGCUAUCUGUGCGAUUUCAGUGUUUUCAAAGUUUCAAAUAAAAUCACUUGAGUUGAACCUACUUUUAAGUAGAAACAAGUGAAUUGCUUUAUCAUUCAAAAAGAAAACAUUCUAUUAAAUAUGUCCUUCCCCCACAUGGUAAAUGCUUUAUUAGUAUUUUGCAAAAAAGGAUUGUUUAUAGAGCCGAUAAUAUGUCUCUUAAGUUUCAUUUUACAUUAGUACAUAUUUACCACCUCAUUACAUCUGGAUGAGAAGAGGGGUUUUUUUGAAAAAGCAAAACAAAACCAUAUUGAUAUAAUUAAUGUAACGAUGAAAAUUGGAGGUUAAUAUAAGGUGGAAAGGUGUUAAAGUGUUUUUAUUUUAAAAAUACUGCAAAAAAAAACUGGUUAAAAAGUUUAACAAUUAGAGUAGAUGAAUUAUAAAACUUGUUUCUUGAGUUAAAGUUAAGAGAAACUUCAAUGACUUGCUUUAUCUGUCUCAAAUUAAAUUUUUAAUACUUAUAUUAAAAUCAAAUUUCAAACAUGGAAUUUUGGAAAUCUUUUAAUGACCCAAAUACAAGGUGGGGCAAAAGCGGGUUUACAGCUGUUUGUAUAGAGAAUGAUAUAAUAAUUCAUAAAUAUUAUUACAAGAUUAAACUUUUGUGUACUCACAACUGUAAACCUGCUUUUGUCCCACCCUGUAUGAUAAAUCUAUCAUUAUAAAAUGAAAAUGUAAUUUAUAAAUAAUGAAUGUGAAAGCAUUUUGUAACUCAAACAGUAUUCUUACAUGCUUUGUUGGGUGAGAGGUGGCUAUAGCAGUUUAGUUGAAGACUCAUUUCCCAGAUUAUUCAAAUUAGUCACAGGUAAUUUGGGAUUUAUUUGUGGUUCUCCUUAAAGAAAUUUUUUUAAAUCCAAAAAACUUACUCAAAGCGGCAGUAUGUCGCUAAUUUCUUUUUUAACAAGGCCGUUUCCAGCCUUGCUAUCUUUAUUUCACUAUGUCAAGUACUGUCACUUGUCUCGGAUUUUCUAGUUAUGCCUCAGCCAUAUGGCAGUAUAUCUAUCCUGUAUCCUGUCGCCACUUUGGCAAUAGCAGUUUGAAAAUCUAAAGCCUGUAUAUCUGGAAUUUGUGAGUGUGCAUAAAUCAUUGUAUCAUUACACAAUUGUCUUUGGAAUCCUUUAAAUCAUUAAACUCUCCUUCUCCAAUAUAGCAGAAACCUGUUAACAAAUAGGGCUCUCUAUAAAUAACACAACAGGGAAGAAGGCGCCUGCUGAGCGCCCAUUUCCCCUCCUCCGAGAGAGACUAUUUGUUACCUUCUUGGCACCAAUAGGUCUGGAACUCCUGCUGCUAAAGACUAAUGUAUUUUACAUUAACACUCAAAGUGAUCCCCAAUUUCUUCUGCUAAAGGGUGGAUUGUUUAAAAAAUUCUUUUAUCUUCACACGUAAAUUAUUUAUGGACUUUCCUCCUCUUUUAUAGUUUAGUGUGGUUGGCAAAUGGAUACCACUGAAAACAAACCACAGAAAAAGAAAAACUAACUUCUUAGGAAGCUUUUUGGUUUUGGUAAUUAAAAAAGAAAAAACUUUCAGAAAUAUAAGAUGUUAGAGGGUUUUGUUUUCUGCUAAAUAUUUGUAUUUCUCCUUUGUUUAACAUGAGGGUUAAAAAAAAAAAAAAGAUUGUUAUUUUCUCCCCUUUUAGUUGUAUGGUGAUCGAUAAUAUCAGUUGUCUUUGACUUUUUAACAUUUCACAUGCUUUGUUUUAUUCCUCAAAAGUGUUCAUGAGGAUAAGGAAAAAAUUUUUGUGUGUGAUUUUUUUUUUCUUGAAUUUUCAAAUACAAAGUUGUUCUCAUUUUCUAACAUCUACAUUUAAAAGUACAAAAACAUUUUACAA